AUGGCAACUGUAUUCGUACCUCCAUCGCCACAGCCAUCACUGACUAUGGCGACUCGUCGCCCACUCGCAAAUGUGCCGAAUGCAACCAAUUCUCCACACAGGACAGGUCUUCUGCCCGCGAAACGAUCUCGAUCGACCCAGAUGGAAAUUCCUUACGGCCAACCGCCACCCAAGAAGCAAGUGAUGGACGAAGUGGGCCAAGAGGCGGGCAAGUCCGUCGUCUCGACGACCGGCCAGAACACGGACUCCAAACUCUUCGCCCGACGUUCCAACAACGCUACCCCGAGCGCCUUUGAGAAGAAGCUUGUGGCUGCUAGAGAGAAGGAACGCCAGCCGGCAGCCAAGCCCAUCAAAGUCGAGAAUCUGGAUUCUAUUCGACAAUGGCAGCGCCACUACCGAAAGGCAUUUCCCUCAUUCGUCUUCUACUUCGACAGUAUGCCCGAAGAGAUGAGAAGGAAGUGUUCUCGUCAAGUCAUCGCCUUAGGUGCUCGCGAGGAGAAGUUUUUCUCACGUCUGGUAACUCAUGUUGUUACAUCGCGUACUAUUCCACCUGAGUCAACUGCCACCGAACCGACAAAUGGCGACAGAAACGUUCAAACCGUCAAUCCUUCACUCCUGGAGCGGAAUGGCGAGCCUCACCUUCACACACUCAAGACUGAAACCCGACGUGACCAAGGGAUCAAGGAUAUUCUUCAACGAGCUCGGCAGAUGGGCAUGAAGAUCUGGGCUCUGGAGAAGCUUCAGCGUAUGAUUACCACCAUCAAUGACAGUGACAUUGGCGGUCAAUACGACAAUGCCUCACGCAAUAAAGGUGUCAGUGCCGGACAUGGGAAAGGUGAAAACGAUCUGUCGCGAGUGCUCCGCCAGGAACUACUAAAUGGGCCAUCUGAUCGUGAUCCAUUGGCAUCAAUGGAGAUGUUGAUUUUCAAGGGACCAUUCAUCUACAUUCACGACAUGAAUGAAAAGACCAAGCCGGUUCUGGUCCGCGAAUACACCCGAGUUGCCAGACGACAAGAUGGGGCCUGGCCUCAGUUCCGGAGCGCACCUCUAGGCAAAUGCCCCUUUGUUGACGAACCCCCAAGCAGAAAGGAGUACGACCGUCACCGACUACGCCAGCUUCAGAAAGAAAAGAAGGCAGCUGCACUGAAGGCUGAAGCUCGUGAACCUAAACCAAAACCUCUAGAAUCUGCUCCUAGGGCUAUUGAAGCAGGGCAAGCGACGGAGCUCGCCAAGCCGUCUGUCAAACACGAGGAGCGUGUUUCACCACCAAUUCAGAAUGACACCCAAAAGCCUUUUGGAGAUGAUACCCAUGAGCGAAAGAGCUCAGAGAGUUUCAUUCCUCCACACUUCCCCCGUACCGGCCCUUUCUACACUGGACAUGAGCCUGCGGCUUCCGGUGUUCAACCCUCGAAUAUGACAUCCGCCAUCCGAUCACAGAUGAUCUCGUCAACUGCUGCAGCACCUGGUGCAAAGGCUGGACUAAGCAAAGAGGUCCAUGGCCUCAAGCGAAAGGUUCUCGAGAAGGGUACAGGUGGCUUCACACCUGGGUCGAUGGCUGCGCCACAAAAGUCAACUGCGGUUCCUAUGAAGGACAACCUCAACCCCCCUGGGAAGUCAAACCUUUCCCACAAUGAGAACCAGGGCCACCACGACCAUGCCGGCUCCAAACGGAGCAGGGAUGAGAAGGAUGCCCAUCACAAGAAAGCUGAAAGGCGACGGGACCCGAAGCCCGGGUACUGUGAGAACUGCAGAGACAAGUUCGAUGACUUUGAAGAGCAUACUCUUACUCGAAAACAUCGCCGCUUUGCCGCUAAUUCAACCAACUGGGCGGAACUUGACGCCCUUCUCUCUGAAAUCCAGCGUCCCCUCAAGGAUGAAUACGAAUAUCACGAAUAG